AUGUCUGGACCGUCGUUUUCGUCGCGGCGUCCUCCGCCCAAGAGCGCAUGGGGAGCUACGCCGCCGUCGGCUUUUGCCGAGGAGGCAGAAGAGGCCUCUUCUCGCCCUUUGCAAGCGCCGGUCGGCGCUGCUUCGCACGUCGAAGACCUCGCGCACGCCCCUGCUCCAGGCACCCAGGCCGGCGGCAUCGUCCAGCUGCACGACGGGGUUGCAGCGGGCCUUUCUGCUUCGUCCUCUCCCUCGGCGGGGUCCUCUGCCCCUGCGGCCUCAGCCGGCGACACCGAUGUGCCAUCAGUUAUUUCCAGCCGCCGCGCAGGUACCCACUUGCUUUCGCGCCUGGGGCUGCCCAGCAGCGGCCGCCUCCUGUCAACUGUUCGUCUGCUCGCGUAUGACCCCACGGUGGAGGGUCGCGUUGAGGCGUUCCUAGCUGAGUGCUGCGACGCCAGCCACCAGGGUGCAGAGCCUGGAGCGGCUGACGGCCGCGGAGGAGACUCUGCGCCGGUCGCGGCGGCAGGAGAGGGCGCCGCGUCGCGUCAGGACUUGGUGGUCUCUGCGUGCGUGGGCAGCAUCGUGGGGAAGUACACGGGAUGGAAGAUCAACUUGCCUGUCGCGUUGGAGACGAUGCUGGAGGAGCAAGUCGGCUUGGAGGUCAAGUUCCAAGAGACUCUCGAUGCAACCAAGAGACCGGCGGAGGCGGACGGGAAGCCGAAGAAGCACGGGAAUCGAGAAGAUAGCGUCGAUCUAAGCGUCCGCGAUGAACAGCAGAGGAACUUUAUACUGCAGCGACUUCUCCAGAGGCUGCUGCAGAGCGAGCGCUGCGCCUAUGAACUCCAGCCCUCGCGUCGCGAGUACGAAGUCGUCGACAGGCUGUGGGGCGAAGACGGGCGGAAAACAGUUGGAGCGGGGGUACAUACACAGCAACUGCUGCGUGGGGAAGAAGACGCAGAAGAGGGCCUCGGGGCGGGCCGCGUGCUCAGAUAUCGCUUGUGCACUGCCGACUCUUCAGCCGACGAAGAGGAGGAAAACGGCGACCUCCGUGACGAGGCCGCGGCAUAUCUUCGCGCGAAAAAGCGAGAGAAACGCCACCACCACGCAGAGGAAAGAGUGAGCCAGGAGGGAGCUGAGGCGCAGACGACGCCUCUCGCGUCCGAAGCGCGAGACGGGGAAUUUGAAACGGCCCACACUUCCUCGCCGGACUCGGCGCCGACUUCCUCUCUGGCAGGCCAGACAGGCGCCUCCCCAUCGGGCUACCAACGCGGCAACGCCAAACGCCGGCGGAAUGACGCGAAGCGGAAGAUUGAAGUCGUCGAGCGCGUACCGCUGGGCAGCCGCUUGAUAUACCGCCCCAGAAGCGAUCACCACAUUCGUUUAACUGCGGAGUCGGAGGUUGCAAAACCGUGGGCCUCUGAAGCAGCUGGACAGACAUCAACUGCACAGCGGUUGCAGAUUUCUCCUCUCUCCAGGGAAGACGCCGAAACCUCGAACUCGCCCGCCUCUCCUUCUGCGGACGCGCCGCUCGCUGCAGAGAGUGAAUACCAGUCGAGUCACGAGAAGGUGAUACAGAGGUCAUGGGUGACUCGCGAUAUCUGGGAGUUGCGACCAGGAGGCACUUCCGGCUCGUGGGCGUCCAAGCACGGCCCCCGGUGGCGGCUGAUUGUCACUGAGGAGGGGGAAAUGGAAGACUGCACGACGCCGGCGCCGACCCUGUUGCUCCAGGACGCGUUUCAGAAGGGCGGCGGGCAGACCGGCGCAGCGCACAGACUUCUUUGGGACCAGAAGGGCGUUGCUGGAGACGCGCCGAAGCUGUCGGCGGCGGACACAGAGGCGGACGGGGCGGCAGGCGGAGGAGGCGGCCGCGCCGCCGACGAUGUCGACCGCUACGAGGAAACGAAGAAGGUGUACGUGCACCUGGAGACCAGGGGCGGAGAGCUGCAGAGGCAGCUGGAGCGGAGGAAACGCGGCCAGAGAAAUGCGUUUGGCGCGCUUGCGCUGCUCGUUUUGGAGAACGCCCACGUGCUGGCGGAGUGGCUGGACCAAGUCGGCGGAGGCGACUUUGGCGUCGGCGACAUGGCGAACCGGCCGCUCUACUUCCCCAGCUACAUGGGCGACGUCGUCCAGGCGGUGCAGAAACACUACAACCAAAGGAAGCUCGUCAGCGCGGGCCGCUCCAGAAUUGGCGGGCUUCGCAUACACAAUAAUCAGGUGAAGCGUUUGCUGAUCAACAAAUUUGUGUCGAUGGGGCAGACGGUGUUGGAGCUGGCGUGCGGGCACGGGCAGGAUCUGUGGAAGUACGCAGAGCGCUGCAUCGGCAAGUUCGUCGGGGUCGAUCUCUCGGUCACCGAGAUUCGCGAGGCGCGGCGGCGCGUCCGGGAGAGGCACCAGUCCCAGCAUCUGCUGCAGCAGAUGCUGCAUCCGCCGGCGUUUCACGUGGGCAACUUGGUAGACCGCAAGGCCCUCGGCUUCCUGCGCGCUGAGAAGUUUGACGUCGUCUCCUGCCAGCUCGCCAUCCACUACAUGGUGCAAACUGAGCAGCAAGCGCGUGACGUCCUCAGCCGCGCAGCCGCGCACCUCAAAGACGGCGGGCUCCUUCUCGGCAGCACUGUCUGCUGCAACGCCCUCGCCGAACACCUCCUCGAGCUCGCCUUCGUGGCCGCCAGCGAAGAGCUUGACGUGGAGGCCGAGGAGGUCCGCACCGAGGACGCUCGCGGCCGCAGCGACGACGCGCACGGCGUCAAAGCACAUGACACUUGUGAGUUCGGCAACGAAGUCUACAGCGUCACUUUCGAAACCGCCGUCCUCGAACAGCUUCUCAAAGGCGCUCCAGGCAUCAGCGACACGUGGCUCGCCUCCACGCGAGAAAAACUAAAGGCCACAGAAGGGUCUGCGGAUCCUUCGUCAUGGAAGCAAUAUCUCUUUGCAGAGUUGCCGAUGGGCGCGCGCACCGCCGUGGGCGAGCACCUGCGCAGGCGGCUGGCGACGGACUUUGGCGUGGAAUAUCACUUUUUCCUUUCUGAGGCGAUCGACGCGAAGGAAUUCGUGCUUCCGUGGCGCAGCUUCUGCGCAAUCGGAGCCUCGCUGGGGCUCAAACUUGUCCUCAGCAUGACCUUCCCGGAGUUCCUCGCUGCGGCCGCAUCAGACCCCAAGUCCGAGCGCGACCUGAAGCGCUGGCUCGAGCGCCUCAACGCCAGCAGUCGACUCGACAAGCCUCAGUUCGAGGCCUUCGCGCUAUACAAAGUCUUUGCCUUCAAAAAAGCCGCCACCCACGAGCGAGACGGCGCAGCCCCGCAGACAGCCCACCCCAGUCCCCACCCAGAGGAGAACGGCGCCGCGGCGCCCGACGGGCUCAGUCCCCGCGGCGAAGGGCAGGAGACAGCGCCGUCUCCCGCGGGAGAAGCCCCGCACGCCGCGUCGGCUGUCAACGCGUUUCUGGAAGGCGUUCCUCUGAAGAGAAACAAAAGCAAGAAGGCGGCGCAGAGUCUCGCGGCGGAGGAACUCUAA